GUGCUGAGUGCCUGACGUCAGUCCCGGUAUAAAUGGUGCAGUGUGUGGAGCUGCUGAGCUUUGCUGGAGGGGAGGACUGAGCCAUCCGUCGCGGGUCUUUCUUCCCCUCAACCAAACAAAGGAAAUAAUCGCUUAUCCGCCCAAACCUCCCCAAACCCGACACAGGUGACCCCUCGCCGCCGCCAUGCCAUCCAACGGCACCAGCGAGGCUCUGCAGAUACAGUUUGGGCUCAUCAACUGCGGGAAGAGAUAUCUGACUGCUGAAGCUUUUGGCUUCAAGAUCAACGCCUCAGCGGCGAGUAUGAAGAAGAAGCAGAUCUGGACCCUGGAGCAGAACAGCGAUGAAUCCAACGUGGUCUUCUUCAAGAGCCACCUGGGCAGGUACCUGGCCGCCGACAAGGAUGGCAACGUGACCUGUGACAGCGAGACCCAGGGCUCAGAUUGCAGGUUCCUCAUUGUAGCCCACGAUGACGGACGGUGGUCCCUACAGUCCGAGCCCCACAAGCGCUACUUCGGGGGAACUGAGGACCGCAUCAUCUGCUUCGCUCAGACCAUCUCCAUGGCCGAGAAGUGGAGUGUGCACAUCGCCAUGCACCCCCAGGCCAACAUCUACAGCGUGACCAGGAAGAGGUAUGCCCACCUGAGCUCCAAGCUGGACGAGAUCGCUGUGGACAGAGACACCCCCUGGGGUGUGGACUCUCUCAUUACUCUGGUCUUUCAGGACCAGAAAUACAGCGUCCAGACGAGCGACAACCGCUUCCUCCGCAACGAUGGGCAGUUGGUGGAGAAGCCGGAGAAGAGCACCAGCUACACCAUGGAGUUCAGGUCAGGAAUGGUGGCCUUCAGGGACUGUGAGGGCAAGUGUCUGGCUCCCUCCGGCCCCAGUGGCACCAUGAAAUCCGGCAAGAGCAGCAAGGCUGGCAAGGACGAGCUCUUUGUCUUACACCAGAGCUACCCACAGGUGGUCCUGACGGCGGCCAAUGGCCGGAAUGUUUCCACCAGACAAGGUAUGGACCUGUCUGCUAACCAGGAUGAAGAAAGUGACCAGGAAACCUUUCAGUUAGAAAUCAGCAGAGAGACCAAAAAGUGUGCCUUCCGAACCUGCACCGGUAAAUACUGGACUCUGACUGCGAAUGGAGGGGUACAGUCCACAGCCUCCACAAAAAAUGCCAAUUGCUAUUUUGAGAUUGAGUGGCACGAGCGGAGGAUCACUCUGAAGGCCGCGAAUGGAAAAUACGUGGCGCCUAAAAAGAAUGGCCAGCUGUGUGCUAGCAUAGAGACUCCAGGGGAGAGUGAGGAACUCGUUAUGAAGCUCAUUAACAGGCCUAUAAUUGUUCUCCGCGGAGAGCAUGGCUUUAUCGGUUGCCGAAAGGUGACAGGAACCCUGGAUUCCAACCGGUCCUCGUACGAUGUCUUCCACCUGGAGUGCAAUGAUGGUGCUUACAACUUCAAAGACACGACCGGCAAAUACUGGAUGGUGGGGAAUGACUCAUCAGUCACCAGCAGCAGUGACAAACCUGUCGAUUUCCUGAUGGAGUUUUGCGACUACAACAAGGUUGCCAUCAAGGUGGACGGGAAGUACCUGAAGGGAGACCAUGCUGGUGUGCUGAAGGCGUCUGCAGAUGCCAUUGACACCUCCACCCUGUGGGAGUAUUAAAUGCACUUUAUCUAUACGUGGCUUUCCAGCAUCAUUGUGUGCCGUCCUACCAUGGGCCUGCCUGCCUGCCUUUCACUAUGUAUCCCAGCCAAUGUUAUUGUCACACCUGGUUUUCUCUACUCGUUUUGGUGCUGCAGUAGCUGCUGUUGAGGUGGUAUCACUUGUUAUAGAUCUCUGUACAGUUCCAAUCUCUCUACCUUUUACCCUUUUUAAUGUUCUCAGAAGAAGCCAUUCAUUUUGUAUGGGUUAUCUGGACAGGUGCCACUUCACCAGACUGAGGUCUGGCAAAGGCUCUUCACAUGCCUGAGGCUCCAGGUUCGAGCAACAGCAUUGCUUGAGGUUCGAAUCUGCCAGCCACAUAAUGCGGACUCUUUGGGGCUGUCUGUUUCCAGGACCUCCUGCUUCAUCCUAAUUAGCUGCCUUGAGGGAAAAGUGCUGCCCUGAGUAGCAACACAGAACCUCCUCCAGCUGUGCAAAGGGUACAUUGCAGCAUGUGAUCAAGCUCCCAGGACUUGUCCACCUGCUGCUCUCUAAUCUUCCAGCUGAAGACAUUGAGCAUUUCUCCCACCCCCUCCCUCCCCACAUUGUAAUCUCUGCAGAACAUUUCAGGCGAGAGUUGCGUAAAGCUAAAUCACGUUGAACAGAUUCAAGCCUAGUGCUUGUAACUACACAGCUGCCAUUUUGAAGUGGAUGACUAUGGCAUCGCUGCAGUCGUCAACUGUCUCUUUCCAACUGUAGGAACCUUCAGAACCUAGCUGGUGCAAGCCAUUGAUGUGUAGACUGUAGGAAGUCUGGAUGGGAAACUUUGUUUUUCUAUUAAACAAAAGAAAGUCAUCUCCUGAAAUAAAAGUUGUAUCAUCUGGAUUGACAUGAGCUGGUCUUAUGUUGGUUGUCAGUUUCCAUUUCUCCUGUUUUUUUCCAUUCUAUAAAUUCAAUGUUUUCCAAGUUUUGUUUUUCAUAAUGCAUAAUUGCACUAGACGUAGAGAUUGCUGCAUGUUUUAGUGAAUAGAAGUGAUUUUGUAUCUCUUCUGAGCCACAUGAGUUGCUGUAUUAAUGCCAAACCUUUUGCAAUUAUUUGUUUUUGUAACUUUCUUUUUUCCCCUUUGAUGUCAUCUCACAUGUAAUUCCUCAAAGCCAAAUAUCCAGUGAAACUUGUAACCCACAGUUACGAGGAACCAUUCAAUAGAAACUCUUCCUAAUUUGUACAAUCUUGUAAUCGAUUCUAUCUGGGAAAAUUCCUGUUAGAUUGGCCACUGCCAUUUCAUUCAUCACUAGAACUGGAAAAAGUGCAGACUUUUGAGCAUUUUCUACUUUGUUUUUUACACCCUUCCUCAAAAUUGCUGACGAAGAGGAGGGGAAAUGCAUCUCACACUGGCAGUUGUUCAAAACAGGGUUAAUUCUGGAACACGUGAAAACCCAAAACAUCUCUCAUAGAACUGGAAAAUCUGUCCCAAUCCCUUCUUUACAUUCCCUCAUGCCAACACUGCCUACAGGAGGGCGGUGGGUCUGGCAGAAGGACCUGGUCAAAACUGGAGAAUCUGGUGGGUGUAGAUAGAACCAAGGUCUGGACAGAUCAAAGCAAAUGGGUUUGAGUUGCCAUGUGGGUCAGUCUCUUGAGUGAGAGAAAUGUGACCAAUACUUAAAUAUAUAUAUUGUGUGUGUGUGUGUGAGAGAGAGAGAGAGAGAGAGAGAGGAUGAAUGCUGUUUGGAAACCAAUCUUGUAUAGCUGUUGAUUCUGCAGGUGAAAGAGGGGCAGGCAUUGUGGACCAAGAAACUUUUUUGGCUCCAUGGUAGGAGUAAUCUCAUAAUUUAGCAUUGCAAUCACUGACUGAGCGCUGUACUUCUGGAGAAUGCAUGUGAUCUUGUAGCUUGUCCUAUGAUGUGGGGGGGAAAUGGGGGCAGAAAUAGCCAAAACACGUUUCCUGUUUAAUGUGGAACCUCUUAAGUAUUGUCCCAGAAGCAGAUCGUGUAGGGAAUGAGAAGAGCGUUGUGGAGGGAUGUAGCCUAUCAAUUAUGUGGUAACUUCUCAAUUAAUCAACACAAGCUUUUUUGAGUGGGGGAAGGAGAGAAACCUUACUGUCUGGAAAGUAGUCAUUAUUGGAAGUCCUGGCUACAGUUGUAAAAAUCGUGGGGAGCUUUAAAAAUUGUAGAUCUGCUUCUGCGCCUGAUGCCUUCAAAUACAAGAAGGUUGAUUCUUCAUUUUAUGAAGAUUGAUUAGGAUAUCGGUCAAUCGUAACUUUAUCAUGACAUUGAAAAAUGGUGCAGGCUGGUUGUUGUUUAAAGGUUUCACCUUGUAAAAGCUGUAAAACUAUUCCACUCAAAUGUAUCUUGUACAAGUGACCUCCUCGUGUUCAUUUUGGAUUUUUUUCUUUAUAACUUUGGUUUAUGUACAUGUCGUUUAUAUAACUUGAAAUGUCAUGUCAAAUAAAACUUGUUGCAAAUGCCAGAAA